AUGGCAUUACACCGUUACCGAGCAGCUCACUUGGCCGACUGGUUCAGGUAUUGGGCCCAAACACUACCGACGCCACGGCUGCCGCAGGCUACCUCUGUGACCAAAUCUCCACCAUCUCCAACAAGUUCACCGACACGGUUUUUCCAUGGCGUUACCUGCUCGGGUUUGCCUUCGCCUUUGGCUCCCCCUCCAACAGCUUCAUCAGCCGCCACUUCUUCAGAUUCAAGGAAAUUCCUUUGUCGUCCUUCGACUACGGUAACUUACUCUACCAGUGGGCCUUUGCUAUCGCAGUUGCAGGUAUCACUAGCGGCUCCAUCCCCAGGGGCACCCAGUUUGUCGCCUACCUCAUCUACUCCUUCCUCACUGGUUUCAUUUACCUUGUCGUAUCCCACUGGAUUUGGUACCCCAAAGGCUAGGCCAGCAUUUUCAACAUAG